AUUCUCAAAUCAAAAAAAUUCGUUGGAUUCCGUGGAGAUCUGAUAAAAUCAAUCUUUUCUCCAUUCAAAUGGAAAUUUAUUUGAUUUGAAAAUUGAAUUUGAGUGAUUUUAACUUAUUCUUAAUUUACCACAGCAAAAUGACCGCUUUAUACCUGAACGCAAAUAAAAUAUUCAACAAAUAAAAGAGUAACCUCCUCCUCCUUUAUGAAAUAUUAAAUAUGUAACUGGGAACAGCUGUUGGGGAUCCAUAAAAUUAAAUUGGAAGCACAAAAAAAGCACUUUCCCACACCAUUGCAAACGAGUAAAGAGCAAUUAAGUAAAAAUUCGUGUAAACCUAAAAACAAGCAUAAAAUUUCAAUUUCAAUACAGCAACGAGAAAAAAAACUAUUUAAAGACACAUUUUCCCAACCCGGAAAUGCCAGGACAUUAAAACUCAAAAUCGAUGGCAUUGAAAAUUGAACAUGAAUGAACAAAAUAAUGCACUUAAACGUAAUGGCACUAGCACCAGCAGCCGUACAUCGUCAUCGUCGACCAACACGCAACGCCAGCAGCAACAACAGCAACAUAACCCGCCCUAUGCAAUUCGCAUAGAUAGCCUGGAAGAGGAUACCAGUACGGCACCCAUUACCGAAUCGAAUUCACAUGAAGACCUCAUUGUACGAGAUCCGGAUGAAGACGAAGAGUUGGCCGAAGACGGAGAGGGCGGACGAGGCAGUUCACGUCACAGUCGUCUAUUCACCUCUGCCACGCAACAAUUUCCACGUUUCCUUUCGGUGCCGGCUUUGCGAAAUGCCCCCCUACGCUCCACGUUGGGUAAACGACAAAUUGUCUCAAGUCCAGCCAAAAGUGAACGCAUGGCAGCUCGCGGCAACAGUUCAAAUAAGAGUUUAUACGCACGUCGUUUGAGUCAGGAUAGUGGCAUUGUUGCAGGACGUCUAUUUGCGGGAGCGGAUCUAAGUCUCUUCGACCCCACACCUUUCCAAUCUCACAGCGCCCACGAUCCGCUACGAUCUUCAUCGGAAAAUAUCUACUCUUUGCUGAUUAACGAUAGCGAAAAUCAAAAUUUGGAUAGACACACACCGACUAGUAUUUACGCUCAACAACAACAGCAACAACAAUCACCGGAAACGGAAAUGUCUGUAUUACCCAUUUCCUAUUUAAAUAGCAAUAACAACAACCACAAUACAAACAACCACAGCACAACUAAUACCCACCGAAAUAGCCUACCCGGCAGCAACAACAAUAACACCAACAACACAAACAACAAUCAUUACAAUGAAAAAUGGCGCCCAAAUUAUUUCAAAAGUCACAGCAUGGCCAUACCCUUGCCCACACAUUUGGAAUACGACUCGGCCGAGCCCAGUCCCACCCAAGCUUUUGGACCUAAAAUUGAUAAUUUAGAAAAUUUACCCGGAACCGCCAUGCAUCGUUCGCUAGGCUUACAUCUGUCGGCUCCGCCCACACCUGAAACGGAGGACCAGCUGACCCUUGCCAAUGGCAAUGAGAAGAGUCCAAGGCAGGACGAUUUGGAAAAAUCCGUGAUAAAAUCCAACUCAUCGGUGCUGGAGGAUCAAUUUGGCUACAAACAAUUGGUGCCCUACGAGAAAUCUCUGCAAACCUCCAAACCCUCAUCCAUGGAGUCCAGUUUGAAUGGCAGCUUCUUUAACAAUAGCCGCAAGGAGAGUAAACGCAACUCCAUGGAAGAUUCGCAAUCGCGUCGUGUCAGCAAACAAGAUCGUGAGGGUCUGGAUUCGGAGUCGUUGAUGUUUCGUGAUGGACGGCGUAAAAUCGAUAUGGUCCUGGCAUGGGAAGAGGAAGAUUUGGGUGUUAUGACCGAAGCGGAAUCCCGUAAACGUGACUAUCGUAAAACGUUCAUGGAUAAUUUAAUCAAAGAAGGUCUUGAGGUGGAAUUGGAGGAUAAGACGCAAUCGUUUAAUGAAUGCACAUAUUUUCUGAAAAUUCAUUUACCCUGGCGUUUGGAAACCAGACUGGCGGAGGUUAUGAAUUUGAAGUUGCCGGUAAAGAGAUUUAUUACGAUUUCCGUGAAGUCGCCGUGGGAUGAAGAGAACAUUGUGUCCCGCAACCUAAUCUAUUGGAAAGAUGUCUGGCAAAGAUUGACCCAGAGAAUUCAAUUAGACAAAAGUGUGUUAGAGGGUGAAACCACAUUCAAGGCUGCCACAGCUAAUGGCAAUCCCGAAGAACAAUUCAUUGUCAAAGAUCGGGUCACAUCGUUCACCAGCGCCCAACGAUCCCUCAUGGUAAUGCAGGUCCUCCUGCGUACGCCCUUCGAUGACAGUGAUCGUUGUGGCAUACGUCGUCUGCUCAACGAUAACACCUACUUGGCCUGUUUUCCACUGCACGAAGGACGUUACGAUCGUCCCCAUUCGAGUGGUGUGUCGCUGGAUCGGCGUAUUCUCUAUCAAACUUGGGCCCAUCCCUCGCAGUGGUAUAAAAAGCAGCCACUCUGUUUGGUGCGCAAAUAUUUUGGCGAUAAAAUUGCCUUGUAUUUUUGUUGGCUUGGUUUCUACACUGAAAUGUUGGUCUAUCCAUCGAUUGUGGGAACCCUAUGUUUCAUUUAUGGAUUGGCAACACUCGAAUCGGAAGAUAAUACACCAAGCAAGGAGAUUUGCAAUGAAUGGGGACCGGGAAAUAUAACAUUGUGUCCGUUGUGUGACAAGGCCUGUAGCUAUCAGCGGCUUUAUCAGUCAUGUUUGUUCUCAAGGAUCACGUAUCUGUUCGAUAAUCCUUCGACGGUGUUUUUCGCCAUUUUUAUGUCGUUUUGGGCCACCACAUUUCUGGAGUUAUGGAAGCGAAAGCAAUCGGUUAUCGUUUGGGAAUGGGAUUUGAACAGUGUUGAAUCGGAUGAAGAAAAUCGGCCCGAAUUCGAAACAAAUGCCACAAAUUUUCGUAUAAAUCCGGUGACAAGAGAAAAGGAACCCUACAUGUCAACAUGGAGUCGAACGAUACGUUUUGUAAUAACCGGCAGUGCAGUGUUUUUCAUGAUUGUAAUAGUUCUCUCAGCCGUUUUGGGUACCAUCAUCUAUCGUAUAUCCAUGGUGACGGUCAUCUAUGGUGGUGGUGGAUUCUUUGUCAAUGAACAUGCCAAGCUGUUUACCACCAUAACGGCGGCCCUUAUUAACUUGGUGGUGAUUAUGAUAUUGACAAGGAUCUACCAUCGCUUGGCCAUACGUCUGACGAAUCUGGAAAAUCCCCGAACCCACACGGAAUAUGAAGAUUCCUAUACAUUUAAAAUUUUCUUCUUUGAGUUUAUGAAUUUCUAUUCAUCGCUAAUUUAUAUAGCCUUCUUUAAGGGUCGUUUCUUUGACUAUCCCGGUGAUGAUCAGGCUCGCCGCAGUGAUUUCUUUCGCCUGAAAAAUGAUAUCUGUGAUCCGGCUGGAUGUCUCUCGGAGUUGUGUAUCCAAUUGGCCAUUAUCAUGGUGGGCAAACAAUGUUGGAAUAAUUUUAUGGAAUAUCUAUUUCCGAAAUUCUACAAUUGGUGGCGCCAGCGCAAACAUAAACAGGCCACAAAGGAUGAAAGUCAUUUACAUAUGGCCUGGGAGCAGGAUUAUCAUAUGCAGGAUCCAGGACGUUUGGCAUUGUUCGAUGAAUAUUUGGAAAUGAUUCUUCAAUACGGCUUUGUCACUCUAUUUGUGGCAGCAUUUCCCCUAGCUCCACUCUUUGCUCUGCUAAACAAUGUAGCCGAAAUUCGAUUGGAUGCCUACAAAAUGGUAACGCAAGCCAGACGUCCCCUGGCUGAACGUGUCGAAGACAUUGGUGCAUGGUAUGGCAUUUUGAGGAUUAUAACCUAUACAGCUGUGGUCUCGAAUGCCUUUGUCAUUGCCUAUACCAGUGAUUUUAUACCCCGCAUGGUUUAUAAAUUUGUAUACUCUGAAUCAAAUACCCUGGUGGGUUAUAUUGAACACUCGUUGUCGAUGUUCAAUACGUCGGAUUACAAAGAAGAAUGGGGUGCCAAAACGGAAAAAGAUCCAGAUCAAUGUUACUAUAGGGGUUAUAGAAACGGACCAAAUGAUUAUGAGCCCUAUGGCCUUAGUCCUCAUUAUUGGCAUGUUUUUGCAGCCCGUUUGGCAUUUGUGGUGGUGUUUGAGCAUGUAGUUUUCGUCAUCACCGGUGUCAUGCAAUUCAUUAUACCCGAUAUUCCCGCCGAAGUUAAGACCCAAAUGCAACGCGAACAACUUCUGGCCAAGGAAGCCAAAUAUCAGCAUGGCAUGAAAAGGGCCCAGGGAGAUAGCCAAGAUCUAAUGAGUGUAUUUCGGGAGGCUGGCAGUCGUCACAGCAAUGCCAGUUUACAAUUUCCCGGUUCAGAAGGUGGUGGCGGACCAUUUGCAACACGUCGCAGUUGGGCUAGACGUUUUUCACGUUUAAGUGAUGGCCUAGAUGCUCAUGUAGAAGUUGCCUCAAGGCCAAGACGUUCCAUGGAGUCUACUGUAUGGGAAGUUUCUUGACAUGAAGAGGAAGCUGAAUCACAGAAUGAUAUUCUAUAUGCCAAAAGUAAACAUUAGAUUUUUAAUUUGAAAAAAAAAACACAAAAA